UCUUCGAGUAGGGGCUUUUUAAUAUGCAUAUUUAUUCGUAAAAAAGAAAAUUAUAUAUUCAAAGAUUUCAUCUCUCAUGAGUGUUGGAAAUGUGGUUUUACAUUAUUGGGCAUGAAUAUGAUUUUGGCAUCAAUGUAUUUAACAAGAGUUGAUGAGCUUCUGCAAAUUUUAAGAUCAUGUCAGGAUUAUCGAUGUAAUGGCUUGCUUACUUUAGUUUUUAGCUCUGUAAUUCUUUAUGCAUUUUUCUUAUGUUGCUUUCGAUACUUGUAUUAAUGGGUAGUUAAAUGUCAUAGUUAGGGAAAUAUAUGAAUUACCCUUCUGUUUAUUGAGGCAUCAGUGAUCGUGAUCUUACUUGCAUAUUCCUUCAUGGAUGAAGUUUCACUUUAUGGUUAAUACAUUUGGUUGUUGUCGUUCACGGUUUGUGCUUGAUCGUGCAGAAUGCAGUCAACUAAGCAUGGGAGAGAAAAGAGAACUUGUUCGACAGAUCGCACAAUGGCCAGAAGAUGCCUCUGAGAUUCUAAGUUCGUUCAGCCGCAGGGAGCUUCUUGAAAUUAUCUGUGCUGAGAUGGGCAAAGAGAGGAAAUAUUCCGGAUACACUAAACAGCGAAUGAUAGAACACCUUUUAAAUUUGGUUUCGCAGAACACUAAGAGGAGCAAUAAUAAUAUUGUUGCCUUGUCUCAGGCUGGAUUUAAAAGGCAAAGGAAGAUAGAACCACAAAUUGUAGUAUCAACUGAUCCAGUUCUUGUUUCUCAGGAGAAUACUAAACUAGAGGAAGUUAUUAAAAUCCCCGUCUGUCAAAAUGCUGCAUGCAGAGCUACUUUAUCUCCCAAUGAUGCUUUUUGCAGGAGAUGUUCUUGCUGUAUAUGUCACUGCUAUGAUGAUAAUAAGGAUCCUAGUUUAUGGUUAACCUGUGGUUCUGAUUCGCCUGGCGAGAAUGCAUGUGGACUUACUUGCCAUUUGUUAUGUGCUUUAAAGAGUGAAGGAACUGGCAUAAUGAAGAGCGGUGGUUGUACAAAGUUGGACGGACGUUUCUACUGUGUUUCUUGUGGAAAGAUUAAUGGACUUAUGAGAACCUGGAAGAAACAGUUGUUGAUUGCUCAAGAGGCUAGAAGAGUUGACGUAUUAUGUCUAAGAGUUCUUUUGGGUUAUAAGAUUCUCACAGGAACAGAGAAAUAUAAGGAAAUUCAAAAGACCCUGGAAACUGCCUUACAGUUGCUGAAGAAAGAGUUGGGAGUUGAUCUGGCGUAUCUAGAUAUGGCACGUGGAAUUGUUAAUAGGUUAUCCUGUGGUGCGGAGGUUCAGAAAUUGUGCUCUUCUGCAGUGGAAGAUUUUGAUUCAACAUUGUCUGACAGCUCUCUUAAUCAUACAGAGAAAGUCGAGUCAACGUCUUGUCAGAUUACAUUUGAAGAAUCGUCCCCGACUUCAGUGGUUAUUAUGCUCGAAUGCGUAGAUAGUCUAUCAGAUGAGUUGUUAGGUUGCAUGCUAUGGCAUCAUGAGUCUACAGUGAAGGAUUAUCCACAGAAGCCUAAUUAUAUUAUAUUGAAGCCAGAGAAAAGAUUCAAAAUAACCGGUUUAACUCCCUCAACCGAGUAUUGGUGGAAGGCUUCUUGCUUUGGCAGCACAGGGAUUCUGAAUGUUUCAGAAGCUAAAUGGACAACACCUGCAUCAAAUGGACAUUGUCUCGAAGUGUUAGGUGAAUGUAAAGAAGAAUUUCAUUUUAGUGACAACUCAGCAAGAUCAAAAUCAAUGAAGUACAUGAACAAGAACAAGAAUGAAGGUUCGUGCUCGCUGCCUCCAUCGAUGGAGGUUGUUUCGUCAGUAAGCAUCGGAUCACUUUCUCCGACCACCCCCUGUAAAAUCAGUGGAAUGCAAAAAUCAACAUCAGGUUGCAAGAAGCGUAAAGAGGAGAGUGGUUAUGAAUAUUCAGUGAGAGCAGUGAAAUGGUUAGAGCAUGAAGGGCACAUUAAAGAAGAAUUUAGAGUAAAAUUUCUCACUUGGUUUAGUCUGAAAGCCACAAUGCAGGAGAGAAGGGUGGUCAAUGUUUUUGUAGAUACUUUGAUUGAUGACCCUCCAAGCUUGGCUGAACAGCUUAUCCAUUCUUUCAUGGAUGAGAUUUGUUGUGACCGAAAAACAACUCCGCAGCCUCGACAUGGGUUCUGUACUAGGUUGUGGCAUUAGAUACUCAUAAAUGGAGUUGUUAACUUAGGUUCAAAACUUAGUGACUAGUUAGUUAGUCUUCUGGUAUUUUGUUGUUGGAACAAGAAGAUAUGAUUACUCUUUUUAACAAAGUUAAAUGUGCAGCUCCUCAGUUUUGAGUUUUA